AUAAAAAUGUCAUCAAGGUAUUACAUUGUGAAACCCGAUGAAGUUAUUCCUUGGAGGGAACGUUUAUCGAAACUGCAUGCUCUUACUUACGAACAACUUUUGCAAUUAAUUUCACCGAAUGAAGUGGCUGUUGAAUUUGCUGCAAGAUAUAAUUUGAUAUCAAAUUCGAUGCAUUGUAAACGUUGUGGGCAAAUGAUGCUUCUUUGGAGCAGAAAUGGUCUUGAUGGUUUGCAGUGGAGAUGUAUGCAAGUGGUUACAAAACAAGAGCGAAAAAAUGGCAGAAAGCGAAAUUAUUGUUCGUCUCUGUCCAUACGCCAUAGAAGCAUAUUCCACGGGCAUCACUUGUCUAUAGCUGAUAUUAUUGAAUUUAUGUAUUUAUGGUCACAAAAUUAUAAAUUACAUGAAAUUCGUCUUCACACUCAUUUCAGCAGCGAAAUGUCUGUUGCUUGGGCAGACUAUAUGAGACAAAUUGCAUCUGGUUUUGUUGAAGUGAGUCAAACACCGAUUGGUGGCCGUGGUAUGGUUGUGGAAAUUGGAAGGCUGAUUUUAUACAAGACAAGAAUUGGUGAGCAGCAUCCAUAUUUGAUUGGCAUGGUAGAACGAGAAACAGAAAAUUGUAUAAUAAUUGCUCUUCGAAAAUAUACAUCAGAAGACUUGAAAAAAAGCGUGAAACAGUGGAUUCUGCCAGACACAAUUUUGAUUUCUGAUGAAGGAACAUAUUGUGAUGGUUUGAGUGAGUUAGAUUAUACUACUUUUAUAACACAAACGUAUAUUGAAAGAUUUGAGUUUGUUGAGGGGAAAAAACUUAGUGUAAAUAAUAUCUUAUUACAGAAUAUUUGUAAUGAAGCAAAGGCAAAAUUUUUAGCAAUGAAUGGAACAUGUAAAGCUCAUUUCGAAGGUUACAUUAGGGAGUUUUUAUUUCGCAAAACCUAUCAGAAUGGGAAUGAGUUUGGAGGUAUUAUUUUGUGGGCUCCUUUGCUGCAUGUUCCUUAG